GUGGCACCAGACCAGCAGCAGCAAUAUCAGUUCAGUGCGUGCACAGCUGCCGGUCGGCGAGUGUCGUCGCUGGUCAACAGCGCACUCAAAAAAAAAUAAAUAAAAUAAAUAAAAUAAAAUUUUUCCCACUCGAAAAAAACGCACAAAAAAAGGGAUUUACAGUUGCAAAAAAAAAAAAAUUUCAACUUGUGUAUUUUGUGGAAAAAUUUUCUUCUCUGAAAAUUAUUAAUUAAUAUUGAAGCAAAAUAGGGGAAAAAAAAUAAAUAAAAGUGUGACACAAUUGUAUUUCAAAAAGAAUUUUCGCAGGGCACCGGGCCUCGGAGGCCCGGUGUACAACAACAAUAAGAAAAAAAUAAAAAAUGAUGUUUCGCACAAUAAUGAAGGGAAAUAACAACGAAUUUGUUUUUGACAAAAACACGUCCCUGAAGGAAAUGUUUGUUUUGCAGAGAUAUUUUGGCAGUGAUUGUCAAGGUAGGCGUCGAUGCAUAACUUGAUUGAUAUAGUUUUUGGUGCGGGCUGGAUUUAUUGUUGUGUCUAUAAGUAAAUGUGCAAAAACUCUAAAAGUGACAUCAAUUAUAUAAUGCAAAAAAAAAAAAAAAAAAAUUAUGUGACAAGUGUUGGAAUGGAAAUUUUUUACAGUGUCUGAUAUAAUUUUUUUGUGAUAGAAGCAAAAAAUAGAAAGGAGUUUGAAAGAAAAAAGAAGAAAGAAAGAAAGAAAGGAGGAAAGAAAAUAAAAAAAAGAAGAAAGGAAAUAAAAAGGAAAGAAAGGAAAUAAAAAGGAAGAAAAAAUAAAAAAAAAGAAGACAGAGGAAAUAGAGAAGAAAAAAUAAAAUAGAAAAAAAAGAGAAAAAUUGCGAAAGUCAAGACGACGAUAAUAAAGCAAGAGGUAAAGGAGGAAGAGGAGAAGGAGGUGAAUAAAAAGAAAGUGGUACAAGAGGCAAAAAUUGGAAAAAAGUGGAAGUGGAAGUUGGAAAGCAACGAAGUAAAAAGAAAAAGAGGCUAUAGAAUUGCAAGAGACGCAAAACUGGCGUCGAAGACACGUGAUAAGGUUUCCCGUGGGACUCGGCCCCGUCGAAGGCCGAAUGGAGGCUCAUUGUCAAGUCGUGGAAGUGCGACCAGCAUGCAAUGCGGUUUAUGUUCCGUUGUAGCGGGACUAUUUAGGAGAGCAAUGUGUAUCGCCGGUAGCCGUAGGGGUUCCGGCGAGUCAUGCUAUCAGGAAUUAACAUCUGAUGUUCCACCACCAUCGACACGCAUCCAACCAACCACCAUCAUCGCCAUCACCACAAAUACAACCACAACAACCACCGAAACGUGCCUCAAGUCGUCCUCCUUCACCGAAAUGGUCAAAGAAAUUGUUCAUGAGAAACGAACAGCAGAAAUAACUGUGGACAAUUCCGACCAGAAUGCUGUGUAUAUCCGGAUAUCCGAAGCAGAAACAGUUGCAGCGUCAGAUGCAUCGCCAACAACGCCUUCAAUCGAAAAAUCGACGCAAGACGAAACCGAUUCAAUAUUUCGACGAUUGUCAAAUGAGAGUCGUAGUCUUUUGGAAAAUUUAAAUGUCUCCAAAGAUCGACCAAGACAUGCUGGUCGUUUUCUCACAAUGCACAAAAGACGACGUAAACGUUUAAUUACCAAAUCGUUAAAUCAGGAUUCUGGCAUUCUUGAUGACAUUUUUCAUGGACAAGUUGCUUGCGUUCUACAAAGAGCAGGAAACUGGCGGUUCAAUGCAUUCACAUUGGAAACUGUCACAGGAGGUCGUUCUUUGCCAGUGUUGUGUGUUCAUCUUUUUCAUUGGUACGGACUUUUUCAACACUUCAACUUGGACGUUGUCAGAGUGUGGAAGCUGUUCAGUUUAAUAGAGGAAGGUUAUCACAGUACAAAUCCAUACCAUAACAGUAUACACGCGACGGAUGUGACGCAAGCGAUGCAUUGCUUCCUGCAAGAAGAAAAGAUAAAGGCACACUUGAGUGACCUGGAAAUAAUGGCGUCUCUAAUCGCUGCCGUGACCCACGACCUCGAUCAUCCGGGGGUCAAUCAGCCCUUUUUGGUCGCUACUAGCAAUCAUCUGGCAGCCCUCUAUGAGAACACUUCAGUUUUGGAGAAUCAUCAUUGGAGGUCAGCAAUUGGCUGUCUUUUGGAAAGUGGCGUUUUGGAACAAUUGCCAAAUGAAAUUAGGCCAGAAUUACAGCAACAUAUUAGUUCCUUAAUUCUCGCCACUGAUAUAACGAGGCAGCAAGAGUUUUUAACACGUUUUAAGAAUUAUCUUGAUGGCAAUUUAUUGGACAUGAAACGUGGUGAGGAUCGUCAUUUUAUAUUACAAAUUGCAUUAAAAUGCGCGGACAUAUCGAAUCCAUGCAGGCCAUGGGAUAUAUCGAGAAAAUGGUCAUAUAAAGUUUGUGAAGAAUUCUUUCGUCAAGGCGAUUACGAGAGACAAUUAAAUUUACCAGUGACGCCAUUAUGCGAUCGUCAAAGUACAAGUAUUCCAAAAAUUCAGGUUGGCUUUUUUAAAUUUGUCGUUGCACCACUUUAUGAAGAAUGGCACAGAUUCCUUGGCGAUGGACUAAGCGAUUCAUUAAUGAAUUAUCUUCGUGGCAAUCAAAAGAGAUGGGAAACAAUGAUUCAACAAGAAAAUGCCGAGGAGGUAAGAACAGAAGUCUCUGAACUCGAGGAGGAAAGAGAGAUAAGCUCCGAGGAAGAGACGGCACUUGACGACGAUUCGGGUAGUAUUGAUUUUGCCCUCGGUUCAUCAGCCGCUAUUGUGGGACAUCAACAAUUGUCGUCGAUAAUACGACGUCCUAGUUUACCGAUUAAAACUGAAUUACAACGCGCCGGUCGUCGACAUUCAGUGCCAAUUAGUUGUGUAAAAUCAUUAAUACCAACGGUACGCGUUAAUGUACGUCGUGAAAGUUUACCAAACGAUAAUAAUAAUGUGAAAUUAAAAAAUCCACAUCUACUAUUAAAACAUGACGAUCAAUCGGCACGUACUGGUCGUAGUUCAAAUUUAUCAUUAUUCUCAUCGAAAAGUAGUUUAUUGGGUAAUAAUUCAUCGGGUAAUUCAAAUAAUGCCGAGAGACCGGUGAGCGCUGAAAAUUUAUUACCCGAACCAAGUAUCGCAAGUAUUACAAAUAGUACUGAGGCAUCGCGUCUUAGUUCUGUUUUACAGCCUGAUAAUCAUCCAAGACCACAGCAAAAACAAUUGACACGACAACAGACAUUCCCACCUCUGCAGCCGUACGUUCGAAUGAGGUAUAUGUCAACAACAGCGGAAAUGAGUCAAUGUUGCGAAAUUCUCAUGGAAGCUGACAGUCCCUCGUCUUCCUCGCCAAGUCCAACGAAAGAAAAAGCAAAUGAUGAUGAUGAUGAUAAUAAAGUUUCAAAGACUGUAGACAAAUUAGAAAAUGAUGGAAAAGAAGUUAAAGAAGAAGAAGAAGAAAUAGAAGAAGUAAUAAAUAUAAAAAUAAUAGAAACAUGUACAGAUGGUCAAUGUGGUACUCCACUUAAUGAAGUUGUUGAAUCCAAAGAUGAUAAUGAUGAUGAUGAUGAUAAUGAUUGUUGUCCUAAAAUGUCGGAAAUUGAUGACAAUUUCAUUAGUAAUAUUGAAUCAAGAAGACGCGCAUCGGCUGUAUUUGAAACACACACAAAGACAAACGUUGAUUAUCAACGACGUCAUUCAAUGCAAAUAUUAAGAACCGAUGAUACAACAAAUAAUCGUCAUCGUAGUAAUCGUCGGCCAUCAUCGGCACAAGAUUUAAAUCCCACACAAAUGUUGUAUGCAUCAACGGCAGGUUCAAGAACGCAAAUAAUGUCGGAUAUAUCCGAUUUACAACGACCUGACUCAAGAUCGGCGCAAGAUACAAAAUCAAGUUGUGAAAUAUCAAUAAGCGAAGAUAUGAGAACAUUUUCAACAUCAACAAAAUCUGAACGCUAUGGAGUAUUACAGGAUGCGAGAAUAAAAUGGGUUGAAUCAGAGCCGCGACGUUAUUCAACGCCUGUCGCUGAAUCGUCUAGUGGUAAAAAACCAUUGGCAAAUUGUGGUGGACGACGUUUUACAGCAAUUCCAGUGACAACGGAAAUUGGUGUUUCACAUAAAGUAUUUUUCAUUGGUAGUCCACCGGAUUCACCGCCACGUGUCAAAAGUGUUUCAUCGUCGACAAGCGAUAGUGGUAGUGGCAGUGGAGGCGGUGGUGGUGGUGGUGGUGGUGGUAGUGAUCCACAACGACGUAGUAUUGGUGGCUCGAGUAGUGAUAGUGUGUCAAUUGGCAGUAAACGUGAUUCAGAUACAACACGCGAUAAGUCAAUGACAAAUAAAAUACCAAAAUUGAGUCUCGAUUCACAAAUGAAGGAGAAUGUUGAUCCACGUGAGGAGACAUCAUCGAAAUCACAUGGUCGACGUAGCAGUCAAGGAUUGUCGAGAAGAAGGGGAUCUGCACCAGUGGGCCUAAUGUCAAGACUCGAUGAUAUUUCAACGUCAUCGGUGUCGGCAAUUGGCGAACAAUAUUCAAGACGUGGUUCCGUACCAAUGGAUAUUUCUUGGCAGCAAAAUGGAUCGACAAAUAGAUCAGCAUUGGGUCCUCGUGAAGGAAAUCUUCCACCGCCAAGAAGAGCGAGUCUUCCACAGGAAACGAGUCUUGGAAAUCUUCUCGGUCACUUUAUUCCUAAUUCAGAGGAACGCGAAAAUUGUUCAAUGAACAAUAACAAUAAUAAUAAUAACAAUAACAACAGCUCAAGCAAUAAUAAUAUUGGAAAUAGAUUAAAUGAAGGUAAUAUUGGCGUUGGUGGUGGUCUACUACUUGUACCAGGAAUGCCAUCACCACGACGUGGUUCUGUACCUGCUGAUAUAUCAGAAUUACGUCGCGAUCUUUUUGGUCGUAAUAGUGUUAAUGGAAAAUCACGUAAUCGAAAAAAAGUAUUACGACGAAGAAGUAGCGGUGGACCUGAAAUGUUUGCUGGUGGUGGUGGCGUUGGCGUUGGCGUUGGCGAUAAUGAAAAUAUUUGGCUCAAUAAAUCGAGGCGGGACUCGAUAAAACGUGAUUCAAUUCCAGAACCCAAUGUUGUCAAGCGGCGUGGAUCGCUGCCAAUUGAUGUCGUUGCUGUUUCACAUGUCGGCUCAGCAGCGGGACUACGAAGAUCCAGCCUCUGGAGGCUUUAGCGUUCAUUGGAUGGACCAGCGGCUAUGAUAAAUCUUAUGUCAUCAACAUCAUCAUCAUCAUCAUCAUCAUCAUCGACAACGGCAACGAUGACGACGAUGACAACAACGACAACAAUUGCCGGAUCUCAAUACAUUCGACUCAUCAACAUUGUCUCGUGUCCUAAACUUCAGUUUCAAUGAUGUUCUCUCUCUUCUAUAUACAAAUAGGUACAUAUAAAAUAUAUACAUAUAAAUAUCUAAAAACAAAAAAAACAAAAAAAAAAACAUUUCUAAACGUCUCAAUUCUCCGAAAUCUACAUAAUGUAAACAUUAUUAAAUCUCAAGAAAAAAGAAAGAAAGAAAGAAGGAAAAAAAAAUAAAAUGCGAAAAAAAAAUAA